AUGAAGAACAAGAGCGGUGGAGGAACAGCGGCCAUAUUUCGAUCACUCUCAAGCUUGGAGUGGGAAGCCAAACUAGCGGUGGUAUUGGCAGCAUUUGCACUAAGGUACGAGGAGUAUAUGUACUACCGUCGUCAUCAGGGAAAAGAUGACAGUCGCGUGCUGUUACGCUCAGUGGAUCUGCUGAAGCAGAGACCAAAUGAAACUGUGGAGCAAUUGCUAAACAGAUACUGCAUCCACAUGAUCAAUGACGUGCUUAAGGUGGCCGAGCAACUAGUGAGGCUGCGUGAGCACGCUCGCGACCUUGGGAUUAAUGAAAUAUCAGUGGAGAACUUCGCUAUCUAUGCCUACUGGUUCAUCAGGGGGUUCGCCUUUUGCACCAGUUUUAUAAGCCACGAACAGUCAAUGCAGUUCCAAGAGUUAAGCACCUUAUCUACCGAAAUCAAAAAGAGAAAGGAGGCCUUUGAAUUUCGGCUUGCUGGCUACCAUCAUCAGAUUGCUUGUGAAGCCCUUCAGCAGCUCUCACGAACACCUGGAAUUGGGCUUGAAAAGAUCAUCAGCUCCCUGAUUAAUUUUCAUGAGGAUGACCAGGAACCUCCACUCUUUGAUUGUUCUUCCGGCUCGCGGGCGUGUUCUGCUGUUUAUAUCAAAUUGCGACAUCCCUGUGGAAGAGUUGGAAAUUGUCAAAGAAAAGUUAGAAGAGUUGCAAAAGAGCACAAAAGAGUACGUUACCGUAUGGCUUCCAAUGUCGGGCCGAACGGACCCAAGGUUCGUCCCCCAAAAGGACAAGUGGGUGGGCUACAUCGUGGCCCGCCAAUUCCUAUCGAGGCUUGGGGCUUGAAUGAAGAGCCCGUUCUGGUGGUGCUGGACGAAAAGCGCAGUGUCGUCCGCCUUAACGGGCUCCACAUGCUCCACAUUUGGGGCAACACGGCCGUCCCCUUCAUGCGCGAGAGGGAGCGUGAACUCUGGGAAAAGGAGACUUGGAGCCUUCAGCUGUUGCUGGGUGCCAUUGAUCAUGCCACCUUGGAAAAGAUAAAAGAUGAUCAACUAAUAUGUGUGUACGGGGGAUUAGAUGAAGCAUUGAUCGGAGAGUUUAGGACCAAAGCGAAGGAAUUUAUUGAUGAUGAAAGAAUGUUUUAUGUGGGAAAGACCAAAAAUGCCAAACUUAAAGACUAUUUGAAUAAAUUCAACACAAUCCAAGCUUGGAAGGAUUUGAAGACGAUCCACCACUUUUGGGCUCGGUUAAACAGCAUGUGGCAUUCAUACGAGCAGAUUCAGGACACUAAUACGUUGGGCCGCAACAAAAUGGACCCGAUAUUGACCAACGUAAAGAUCUUGGUGGGCUUCGAUGGUCACAAUGAUAGUUGGGCCUUGAUCGGGACCAAGAAUGGGUCCGAGAUAGCUCAAGCAACUAUUGGAGUGAUGUUGGACCACAUAAAGGGCCUAACGAAUGAAGUGAAGAACAAACUAAAGGAGAAUGGAGGCAAGGAAGUGGGGGCAUUGAGGCCCCCGCAUGCGCCCCAUUGCCACCGCUUUGAGUUGCUAUGGAACCCUUAUGAGGCCCUUGACUGUCCCACGUGCGGCGAGCGCAUGGAGAAGUACACCACCUUCAAAUGCUGCAAGGGCGGUGAAGCAAAGGAGGAGAAGGUGAAAGAGGCCAAAGCCUGA